CCGAGAUUCCGGGCUUAGUGAGGUGGUCAGCAAACAUCUGUGCCGGAGCGGAAGACAAAGACAAAUCACAUUCCAAACAUGCCGGUGCGGAGAUAGCCUUACAGCAACGUUAGGUUGGUCGGAUUUUAAAUGUGUGUCACAGUCGUAUCAAAUGAUUCAGCUUUGCCCUUCGAGCAUCUCCUCGAGUCUCAAGCGAUAUCAUCUAUAAUUCCUCCGUUGCAACUUUGUAUCUACUCUCUUCGAGAUCGUUUGUUCACCCCCAUAUCCUCACUAUCCAUACUACCAGCGCCGCCGAUACUUUCCACAAUGCAGCCUUAUCACACCCUCUCCCGGGUCCUCCCUUUCCCGGAUGCGAACCAGAAGGCCUGGUGGGAUAAGUUAGGCCCCCUGCUCUUGAAGGGUAUGCAAAGUCAAGGGUACGAUACUGAGGCCCAGUACGCUCAGCUAGGCAUGGUCUACAAAUGUGUCCUGCCGUACCUCGGAGAAUUCCCAACUGUCGAAAAUGAUGCCACCCGCUGGAAAAGCUUCCUGUGUCCAUACGGUAUCCCCAUUGAGCCAAGUCUGAACAUCUCCCAAGGCAUUCUCCGCUAUGCAUUUGAGCCUAUCGGCCCCGAUGUCGGUACUGAGAAGGAUCCUCAGAACAUGAACGUCAUCCAAGACUGCUUGAAGGGGUUAAUACAACAUGAUGACCGAAUCGACACUACUUUGCAUGCCCAGUUUUCAUCACGAUUAUUGCUCACCGAAGAGGAGUCGCGGCAGUUUGCCACCACAGGACAGUUCAACUUCGGGCCCGGACAGGGCAUGCAUGGAUUCGCCGUAGACCUGAAAGGCUCACGACCCAUGUUCAAGGGGUACUUUUGCGCUGGCAUCAAGUCAGCCGUGACGGGAAUUCCGACUGGGAAGUUGAUGCUCGACGCAGUCCGGGAGGUUGACACCGAAGGCAGAAUUACUCAGCCCUUGGACAAGCUGGAGGAAUACUCUGCCAAUGGCUUGGGCAAUUUAAUAUUAUGCUUCAUGAGCGUUGACAUGGUCAAUCCGCACGAUGCCCGCAUUAAGAUGUAUGGCCUCCAACAGGAGGUUUCGCGCGAGGGAAUCGUGGAUCUCUGGACGUUGGGUGGCCGUAUCAACACCCCGACAAAUCAAGAGGGCCUAGGGCUGCUCCUGGAGUUGUGGGACUUGCUGCAAAUCCCCGCUGGAUCGCGAUCUGUCGCGAUUGGCCACUGCUCAGUGGGCCAGCCGCCCAAGUACAUGUUGCCUACCUUGGUCAACUGGACGUUGCUGCCCGGCCACUCAGAUCCCAUGCCUCAGGUCUAUUUGGUGCCCUUUGGCCUGCCGGAUUCGCAUAUUUCGGACUGUUUAACCACGUUUUUCGAGAGGCGUGGAUGGACGGACCUGGCGAGGGUCUACAAGAAAAAUAUAGCAUCAUAUUUCCCGGACAUCGACUUCACACAGUCCCGCCACGUUCAGGAGGCCAUUUCGUUUUCGUUCCGGAAAGGCAAGCCAUACCUGAGCAUCUACAUGUCCCUGUUUUAAAGGUCUUCUCGACCUUGGUUUAAUAAUCGAUCUCGGAGGCUUGUGGUAGUUAC